AUGGCCCUCCCGUUCACUCGUCAGAACGUCAACAAGCAGAUGUCGAAGCUCUCCUUCACCGCCGGCCCCACGAUGCGUCCUCGCCUCUUGGCGCUCUUCGGCUGCGAUCGCGAGGUUCUCUCGUCCCAGCAGAAGAUGCUGCAGGCCAUGUCGUAUGACAUGAACGAUGUCAACGUCGCUGCGUCGUACCCCAUGCACAAGGCUGCCUGCGCGGCAAUACUGGACGAUAUCGGAGUCAUCACUACGUCUCCGCUCUGUCUGGCCCAGUAUAACGUGGUGUCAACGGCCAUGAACAUCGUUAUCAUCGCCAAGCGGAGUGUGGGUCCGCACGAGACGACCGACCAAUACUAUCAUGGUCUCGACGCGAUGUUGACGACCCUGCAGAACGCCAUGACGCAGAUCAAGGCGACUCAGGCAGGUUCGAGGCCAUCCGGUAGCGCCAUGACCGGGGUCGAAGCGACUACGGCACCGGCUGCCAGCAUGGCUGCCCCCGCCGAUCCCGCUGUCGCCGCCACGGACUUCGUAGAUCCCGCCUUGGCGACUUCCGCGGCCGCUCAACCUUCUUCGACUGCCGCUGCUGCCGCGUCUGCGACAGCUGCAAAGGCGAAGCGAGGCAAGAAAAAGGAGAAGGUGUCCGCUGACGACCCCUCCACCCCCUCUGUCCCUUCGAAGCGCUCGGCUGAGUCCAGCACAGACGCACCUCCCUCGAAGGUGCAGAUUUUCGACGUCUCCGACACCGGCGUCGCGCACUUCGGGCGCACCGGCCUUGCUUUCGAGGGCGUCAACGGUUCUCGCUUGAUCGAGCAGACGUUGGGCAUCGGCGCGCAGCGCUCCUUUGAUACGUCGAAGGAGAUCUGGGCGCGCGCUCAGGUGGUUUCCACCGACCAGUACGGCAACGGCGACCUCCACCAGGACAGCCUGUACCACGCCCUUCGGGAGGUCACAGACCAUCUGAACACCAGCUCCGCCUUCAUCGGGUGCUUACUCGCCUCGCACGAGAAGCUCGACAGCGCCCGCCAGGACCUUCAGAGUCUGCUUCGGAAGGCGAUUCGCCGGGAUGAGCACCUCCGUCGGGAUCCGUCUGAGGAGGCUGACGUGCCGGGUUCCCGCCGUCAGGGGAUGGACGAAGGUCCAUACCAAGCCGACUACGACCGCGUCCGCGACAUCCGCGGCGCUUCUCCCGAGUCCCGCCACAUCUUGGAGACCGUGGAGCGGGAGCGCUUCUUGGCCGACAAGAAGCCCGGUUCUGCGAACGCGGAGGCGUCGAGCUCUGCUGUCCCGGUCGAGCCUACCGCCGGCGACGCUCCCGUCGCGAUGGAGGUCGAUGUCCCCGCGGUUGAGGUCCCCGCGUCCCGCUCUGCUAGCCGCGCUCGCAAGAGCCGCUCGACGCGCACCUCUGCCAAGGAGGCUGAGGAGUAG